AAGAAACUUUCUACAACACAAAGAAAAAGAAAAGCUAAACGCGUAAUACAUGUGGAUGAUAGAUCAAAUCACGUAACGGACGGUCCUGAUCAAUCAGCCAACUCCCCUAGCUUAUGCAAUUCAAGCAGACUCGUGAAGCAGCGAAACCAUUCCCAUUUUGCUCUACUCGUAGUGGUAGUACCAUUUUACACACAAUACCAGAAGCUUCCGACAAGACGACGAACUCACUGAGACUCGCUUUUCUCUUAGAGACGCGUUUUCUACUAUUUUUUCUUUUUUGUUUGUUUUUGUAUCUUUAUUCCUUUUUUUUCUUUCUUUCUUUCUCGCUUUGCAUCGCUCUAAUUGUGAGUUGAACGUGUGCAAAUUCACGUUUGGCCGCCAUUUCCCUUUUUUGACGGAAAUUUCAGCUUUUUUUUUUUUUUUUUUUUUUUUUGGGGCGGGAAAUCCGAGCUCUUCGUUGCCUUAAUUGAAUCUCAUUUAGGACUCGUACACAGAGAGAGAGAGAGAGAGAGAGAGAGAGAGAGAGAAAGAGAAGGGAAUGGGGGUUUCGGACAAUUUGAAGGGGGUGAUACUGGCAGUGGCAUCGAGCACAUUCAUAGGUUCCAGCUUCAUGUUGAAGAAGAAAGGCCUCAAGCGCGCCGGUGCUAUCGGUACUCGUGCAGGUUUUCCAUCUAAUUUAAUAUUCGCCAUUUAUAUUUAAUUAAUUCUUUAUUGCGACUGUUCGAUAUUUUCCAGAUCUCUGCCGAAGGAUUUUUUUUUUUCUUUUUGAUUUUUGAGAAUUGCAAAUGAGUUGAUUUGUUUCCUUACUAGGGCUGCUUGAUUGGGGUCUUAAUUUUCUGGUUUAUUGUUUUGCAUUUUUGGUGUGUCAUCGUUGAUGUCGUUGUGAUAAUACUGUAUCAUUUUUUAGUGAUCAAGAUGGGUGUGCCAUUUCUUGGGCUCGUUUUCGAUGAUUUUCGAUUGUGGAAAGUGAGGUAUUUGAGCAGAACAAAUUGCCAAUUGAAGUUUGGAAUGUUGGUAUCGAGAAUGGAUAUUCUAAGAUGAUUUUCUUUCCAUUGUAUGCAUGCAAUACAUGCAUUUCAUACAUAGGGAAGCAAUUUGGAAGACCCUUUUUUCAAAGUUUUUUAAUGGAAAUUGUCCUAGGUGUGGAAUCACAUUUUGUGUAAAUUUAUUUUAUCUUUUGAUUAUUUGGGAUUCCAGUAGCAGAGUGCUAGUUUAGGUGUUGAAGGCUCAUACUCGUUACAAACUGAUAGUUUGCAUGUUCAAUAGAUAAAAAAAGGUGUGAACAAAUUUUGGAUAACGUCAGAAGCGUUAAAUACAGUGUUCUCCCCUAUGGAGCAGCUUCAUGACAAACAUGACGGAAGCUUGGUGUGUGUUGUGUCAAUCAUGGUGCAUUAAGUAUCUGUUCAGUUAAGAGCUAUGAAUGGUCAAAAGUUGUUUCCCUGAUCUAUAAUUUUUUUUUUCUUUGAACUUUUUACGUAAAUAUGUUUUGUCCAGUUCUUGUUGAAGUUUUGGUCUCUUCUAGCAUUAUUAUCUUGUACUGUUGUGGUAGGCAGGUUUGUCCUGGUUUUACUUUAUGAAAUGCCAUUGAUAAUAUUAUCAAGAUAAAACUAAAAUUGAAACAUUAUAAUUCUUUCUUUGCUAAUUGUGAUAGCAAAUCAGACAGCUAAAUUAUGAUGUUAUAUAUGUAUGCAGUUCUAUGUAUUGAUCUUUGCAGGUAUUUGAUAAUACCACAUGGACAGUGUAGUUCUUUGAAUCACAGUUUCUAAUUUUGUAGCUAAUAUCAUAAGGAAACUGACAAUUUUUUUUGGGGGUUAAUUUUUAGCUUCUAAUGUGAUAAUGCAUGUGUGUUUCUUUUGUCUAAGUGUACGUUUUCUGUUGGGCGAUGUAGUAGUCGGGGGCUAUACUUACUUGAGCCUCCAUGGUGGGCUGGCGUGGUGACAAUGUUGGAAAGGUUGCCAAUUUUGUGGCUUAUGUAUAUGCUUCAGCAGUUCUUGUAACCCCACUUGGUGCACCAAGCAUAAUAAUCAGUGCUGCUUUGGCUCACUUCUUGUUGAAGGAACGACUAUAGAAAAUGGGUGUUUUGGGAUGCUUGUCUUGUAUUGUGGGAUCAGUUGUAAUUGUAAUCCAUGCAUGUAUACUCCAACUUCUGUACAAGAAAUCUGGAUUCCGGCAACUCAACCAGCUUUGCUGAUUUAUGUUGCAGCGGCACUUUCUGUAGUGUUAGCUCUGAUUUUGCAUUUUGAACCUUGCUAUGGACAGAAAGAUAUACUUGUCUACUUGGGAAUCUGUUCAUUAAUGGGAGCUAUAACAUUUGCCUUUGAAUGUUGCUGCAGUGACUUUGAAGGCAAAUAUCUUUGAUGUGGCUUUAAAGAUGAGUGUUCUUGACGCUGGCAGUAAUGGUUCAUCAUGGUAAAGCCCUAUCUUAUAAGAUUGGGAUAUUGUAUAAUUUAUUGUUGAUAUGCAUAUACACCAUUUAGUUACUACCUUCUUUAUAGUUAUUAAUUUAAUAAAUAAGUAGUUUCUGUCUUCCUUUACCAUUAUAUAUAUUUUUAAAUAUGCAUAGCUGAAUUAAUUUUGUAUUGACAAGAUUGAUUUAGAUUAUGGAAAAAAGGAGAGGGGAAGAGAUUGAGGUUAUGAGUUAUAUCCUUCUGAGGCUUUUUGACUUAUUCUUUUGGAACGUUUGUUUCCUGCAUUUGGACACUGCUGCCUUGUUUAACUUUCUUCACAUGUUCUCUAUUUUCUUUCAGAUUUUGUAUUUCUUCAUUUCGGUCGCAUCAAAUUAAUGAUCAAUUACAUCCUCUUCUUGUCAAUGAAAUUUUAUAUUGGCAGCUGAAAUCAUUUUAUAAAAUACAUAGAAUGCCAUGUUGUCAAUAAUGAAUCAUCAUGUUCUGUUUUGCUGUAUCAGCAUUUUCUUCAAUUUUUCUGCUUCCAGGGCCAGCUUCUCUAACAUGUGUUUCAGAUUGAACUGACUAUUAAUAGUCAAUUAAUAUUUGUAUUAGUGGUAUUUUAGUGGAGAAUGAAUUCAUCACCCUGUCUUUUUCUAGUGGAUCAUGGUUGCUUUCUGGAAAACUGGUAAAGAUGCUGUUGAUUGACUGCGAGCAGAAUGAUAAUGACUGUCCUUUGACUAUGUCAGGGUAUUCGGUGGUUGGCUUUUCAUUGCAUGCUUUUAUUUUGCCUUAACCUAUUAGCUUUGGGAUCCCAUUGCAGCGCACACUUUUGUUCUUCCGUUCUUUAUCUUAAGUAGUGCAUGGUUAUGUGACUUAUGUGAUUUUUGGUCAUGGAGCCUUUUUUUUUUUUUUUUUUUUUCUUUGAUAAAUUAAACUUUGUUUCGUUGUUGGUGCAUGUAUUCAUACAUCAUAGAUGUAAGCAUGCUUUAGACAUUUAUUCUGUUAAGCCUUCUGCUUAGGUCAAAUGUGCUUUAUUACAGUCAGCUUUCCGUCUUAACAUGCAUGCUUUAAACGUUGCAAUGCUGGACUUUACCAUGCAGCUCAUGGAAACAGGAUUUGAGAAUGAUGCUGUCCUAGCUCUUGUUGUUUUCUUUUUGCAAUAUGUUCUGGUUAACCAUGAAUACUGGAAAUACAAGGUGAAACACACGCGCUGGAGAAUAACACAGAAGAGACAUCUUGGUUUUUUCCUGUGCUUCUAUAGUUGGUUCUCAAUUUCUUUUUAUGUCUUCUUGUUUCCUUUACGUAUAAAAAUUAUGAUAUUGUGGUUUUUAUGAUCUUAUUUUUAUGACUCGGCUCACAUAUUGACCAAGGAAAUUAGAUUUAAAAAGAGAUACAAAACUUAGUGGGAAAUUUCCAUUUCCUUCUAAAAUAGUCAUACACGAUCAAAAAGAGGGAGAAAAUUUUAUGUAUUGAUAUAGAUAGUUACGGGUUAAUUAAUGCCCUACAAAUUAGCUUUCUAUGGGAGUCGUACAAAGGCAAGUUAAAUAUAAAUUAAUUUUUUGAGGCUUAAUGAUUAAUGUUGAGGCAUUCAUGUCUUUCUUGUGUCGUCUGUUCACUUUGGUUUUCCUCCAAUAACGCUCUGCACCUCUUGUUAAAUAAAAUGUAGGCUUCAUUUUGUUUGUUUGAAAAUAUCACUUGAUUUCAACUUGCCUUCCCAAUACGCAAAAGCUAUCACAUUGGCUUUGGAUUAGUUAGCAAGUUUAUUUUAACAAAUUACCCAUGAACCUAAUGAUUUCCAUAUCAUUGCAUUACAAUAUAGCUUAAAAUCAUCUUCAGUUUUCUUCAUUUCCGUGUCUAUUUUAUUUUUCAACUCGCAUUUUUCUGAGCUACCCACCAAAAGUUUAAAAAGAUAAUAAUAAUUAUUAAAAAGAGCUUGGAAUGAGCCUAUAACUGACGGCUGUAUGGACAAAUCUGUAAUAAAUUAAUUAAUCGGGGGGAAUUCUGAUGGUUUUUGAACAUUAGGAGACAAAAUGAAAAUUCAAUUGAUAUCCAAGGAGUAAACUGUAAUUUGUACAACCAUGAGUGGUUUUAUAUUUCUAUGUAUGUAUUGACAUGAGUGUCUACAUUAAAAGGUUAUAACUCGCACAUCUCAAUACAUUAAAAGAUCAUAACUUGCACAUCUAAAUUUACUGGUUCUUUUGCAAUUAAUGAUUUGUGCACAUGCAAUUAACAAUGCUUAGCUUCUUUUAACUUUGUAAAAUAUCAUUACAAAUUAACAAUUAUGAGAAGUUAGUGUUCCUCAUGUAUGAGUUGUCAUUUUGUAGGCAAUUUGGAUGACCAUUUGUGGUUGCUGGGCUGCAUGAUUGUGUGUCCCAAAUUGCGUUUUGGUGGUGCCUUUUCGUUGUUUGAUUUCUUAAAGUGGCCUGUGGAAAGGUCAAGAUUGGUUUUUACGCUUAUUGGGAUUAUUGUUUUAUUGCAUUUAUACAUGGUUAAAUGUUCCUAUCUAUGCCUGCAAUUUUCAGCUAACUGAUGUUAGCUUUUUAUGCCUACUGAAAUCAACUGUUGUUUAUCUGUUGAUAUGAACCCAGCUUAAAUAUAGAUCUGAACAUGGCAGGUUAACCAUGUUUUUAUUGUUUUAGGUGACUGAACUGAUUAAAAAGGGCAUUAUGAUAACACCCUAUUCUGAAAAGCUGGGUGAGAUAAUCCGGGACAUGUUACUAUGUUGACUCUUCAAUUAACAUCACUCUCUUUCGGUUUCGGAUUGUUUGCACGACUUCACGAGUGUUGGAGUUUUGCCUCCUUAUUUUAUCUUGUCAUGCAUUGCUCAUUUUUUAUUUUUUAUUUUUCUCUUCCCUAAUAUAGGCAUUUCUUUUCUGCAGAAAUGUUAUAUUUGUUGUCUCUUUGAUCUAGUAGAGAUUGAGGGUUUAACAGUUACUAUCUGUUCUGUUUUGGAUAUUCUUUUCAAUAUGCGGUCUGAGUUUUCGAAGGUAUAGUUUUGAAGAAAAUAAGGAAACUGCAAUUUAAUUGGCAUGCUAACUAGGAAUAACUUGAUAUUUAGGUAAUUGAGUGUGGUGAUUUGAUUUUAGCUAAAUGCAUGUCUUUCCAAGUUUAUGUCAGUUUCUUUAACAAGUUUUAGCACAUUAUAUUUAGUUUUCUGCAAGCAUCGGUAAAUUGUAUUGAUCUUUGGUUCAUCAUCUUUUGGGCUAUUUAGUAACAGUGACUAUCCAUCUGUCUAGUAAUUCAUCUAAUAUACUAUUUUCUGCCUUUAUAUUAUUUUAGUUGACUUUGUGAAUAGUACUUCAACAAAUCACAGGAACCGAUUGUUCAAUUCUGUUAAUUUGCAGGAUAAGUCUUCCAGCCUCCCUAUCUUUCUCCAAUCAGUGAUAUCGUCAGGAAUCGAACCAAUUCCUAUAGUUUCCGCUAUUGUAUUGUUGAUAUCUUAUUUUUGCAAUCCCGUAUGGACUCCCUCCUCACUGAACUGGAAUUUGUUUUUUUGGUUCAUCAGCUAUGUCUUGUUGCUUUUUGUGUUCAAGAAAUAUUUAUGGGAAUGAAUUCAAUUUAGAGUUUGAAAGAUUUACAAUGAGUUAUAGAUUUUAAAGGACUUUGAUAGAUUGUUAUACAAUUUUACAGAUUCCAUAAAAAUUUUAUAAAAAUCCAACAAAAUGUUUGGAUUUAAAGCUGGAUUUCAUAUUAAUAAUUUUCUUUAUAAUUUCACUGUUAAAAUCUUUUUAAAUCCAUUAAAAUUUAUUAUUUUUUAAAAUUAAUAAUUUUUUGAAUACUAUCAUAUUUUAAAAAAAUUCUAUAAAAUUUUAAUUUAAUACAUUUAGAUUUUAAUAGAUUUUUAUAAAAUCCAUCAAAAUCUGAUUUGAAUAUUAUUAAAUUUGAGUGGAGUUUUUAAAAUUUAAAUGGAAUAUUUUUAAACUUUGAAAGACUUUUAAAAUGUUUUAAAUUUUAAAUUGAGUACAUCCUCUUUGGAGUAGUUAUAUGGUUUUGGCUUCAUUUACAUUAGGGCCUCAAUUGAUUUAUUCACAACCUCUACUCACAUUUUUCAUUGGUCAUUUUCUUGCGGCCAAAGCAGAAUUGCUUCUCCAUCUUUUGCAAUCACUACAUCAAUGCCUCACGUUGUCUAUUUGCAUACUUGUCUAAAAAACAUCAGGUUCUGGACUUUAAAGUAUUGACCAAUUUCAGGCCAUCAGUUACCGAGGUUAAAAAUACAAUGAAACUCUUACUGUUGUUGCCUCUCUCAACAGUGGAGUUUAGUUGUCUAAACUCACAAUUUGGUGGGAUAUUCGAUGUGGAAUUUGUUGAAGACGUAGCUAAAUUUUCUAAUGUGUGUUUGGGGCUAUUACCUGUUCUCUGCAACCGUAUUGCCACUGUUGAGCAUUGCACUCUCGCCUUGACUAUUGUUGACUUGAUGCUAAGAAGUUUUUUAACACCUAACACUUGGUUUCCCAUUGUACAGAAUCACCUCCAGUUGUAGUAUGUUAUUAUGAAGCUUCAGGGUAAGAAUUCUUUUUCAUCCAUAUCCAUAAUAAUGAAGUUCAUUUUGACACUAGCCCGUGUGAGAGAAGAUGCUGAGAUGCUUCUUAAUUCUGAAAAAAUUGAAAAGCCUCAACAAAUCUGGGGACUUGGAUUGGCUGUCAUCACAGCAAUGGUUCAGUCCUUAGGAGAUGGUUCUUCGUGUGUGGAUAUUUUGGAUAAUGUGAUUCCCUACUUAUUUUGUGAAAAGGCGUACAUGAUUUCUUAUUAUCUCAGUGCACCAAACUUUCCAUCUGAUGAUCAUGACAAGAAAAGACCGCGGGCACAAAGAACUCCAUCAUCCCUGACUAAUCUUAAAGAAAUUGAGCAUACUCUCAUGCUAAUGUGUGUGCUGGCAAAGCAUUGGAAUUCAUGGGUUAAGGCCGUGAAGGAAAUGGAUUCGCAUCUGAGAGGACAAAGUAUCCAUCCUUUAGCCUUCAUUAGUAGGGGAAUGCAACGUGUUGGAGAAUCUCCUAGUGCAACUGUCCCUCUUUUAUGUCCUCCUGUCUUCAAACAGAAGUUUGAAUACUGCAAGAAACCAUCAUUUAUCAACAGCAGAAAUGGAUGGUUUGCUCUUGCGCCUCUUAGAUGUGUCUCAAAACAAAAGUUCUCAGCAGUCUCUACCACACCUGCUUUAAUAAUCAGAAGUAGAGCAACUGAAAAUGCUCUACACGCUUCUCACACAUACUUCUCUGACGAAGUUGCGCUACAGAUCUACCGAAUUACAUUUCUCCUUUUGAAAUUUCUCUGUUUGCAAGCUGAGGGCGCUUCUAGAAGGGCAGAGGAGGUGGGUUAUGUUGAUCUUGCCCAUUUUCCUGAGCUUCCGAUGCCUGAAAUUUUACAUGGCUUACAGGAUCAAGCAAUUGCCAUUGUAACCGAGUUGUGCGAGGCCAACAAAUUGAAGCAUAUUCCAAAACAGGUCCAGAACAUUUGCUGCUUGUUACUGCAAAUAUUGGAGAUGGCCUUAUACUUGGAGCUUUGCGUCCUACAGAUAUGCGGCAUAACACCUGUAUUGGGACGCGUAGAUGACUUCUCAAAAGCAGUUAAACAGUUGAUUGGAGCCACGGAGGGACAUGCUUUCCCUAAAAGGGUCAAUGAAGUCCUUGAAACAUAUAAUAUCGUUUGUCUAUCCCAGAUUGUUACAGACCGAGGAGUUGAUGUAAGAAACUUGUGUGGAUAUAGCUGAAUACUUUAGUUUUCAAUGCCAAAUGGCAAACAAAUUGUUUAGGGGAUUCCUAGUGUCAAUAUUGAUUGAAAUACUUUUUUACUAUCAA